GGAAUUUCAAAUAAAGAGAAUUUAAAAAAAAAAAAAAAAAAAGUGGUUCUCUCGCUAACAAUUGCGAUUUGCUGCUGCAGAGCCUGCCCAAUCCGUUUCUUCACCAUAGGAGCCCCACUUUCUCCGGCGGCUUCUCAUUUUCUCCUUCUUUCACCCCCUCUCUCUUUCUCUUUCUCUAGCUGGACUUUAAUAUUUACUAUAGAUUCGGUUUCUGGCCGGCGAAUUUGCGAGAAUGACCUCUAUAACUUCCGUCGAAUUGAAUUACCUCGUUUUUCGCUACCUUCAAGAGUCAGGUUUUACACAUUCAGCUUUUGCUUUAGGGUAUGAGGCAGGUAUUAACAAAUGUACCAUAGAUGGAAAUAUGGUUCCACCUGGUGCUCUUAUUACAUUUGUACAAAAGGGAAUUCAGUACUUGGAGAUGGAAGCAAAUUCGAGUAAUACUUUCUUCUGAUCAAGGGUUGUUUGAAGCUUGCCAGAGUGAUGCAGAUGUGGAUGAAGAUUUCUCAUUUUUGCAGCCUUUGGAUCUCAUUACAAAAGAUGUAUAUGAAUUACGCCAAAUGAUAAAAGAUAAGAAAAAAAAUCUGCACAAGGAUAGAGAUAAAGAAAAACACAAAGAUAAAGAAUUUGAAAGGGAACAUGAAAGAGAAAGUGCAAGAGUAAGAGAGAAAGAUAGGCAUGAAAGGGAGAAGGAAAGUGAAAAGGACAGGGAGAGGGUAGAAAAGGAAAAAGAGAGAGAUAAGCAACAUGAGAAUAAUGCUGAUAGGGAAAUGGUUCCUGAUCAAGCAGACAAGAACAAUGUCAAUCAUGAAGAAAAUGGAAAUUCUGCAGCACCAGAACCAAUGGAAGUCUGUACUACAUCGACAUCCCAGGCAUGCGAGAUUCCUAGUUCUGAUGUGAUGAUUCUGGAGGGACAUACAUCAGAGGUUUGUGCUUGUGCUUGGAGCCCAACAGGAUCACUUCUUGCAUCUGGUUCUGGAGAUUCCACAGCACGUAUUUGGACAAUAGCAGAGGGGACGUCUAGAUCUAGUGUGCAGAAUAGUCCUCUAAAUGUGCUGGUAUUGAAGCAUGUCAAGGGUAGAACAAAUGAGAAGAGCAAAGAUGUUACAACAUUAGAUUGGAAUGGUGAGGGGACCGUACUGGCAACAGGUUCAUAUGAUGGGCAAGCUAGAAUCUGGAACACGAAUGGGGAACUAAAAACUACAUUGAGUAAACACAAAGGUCCUAUAUUUUCUCUGAAGUGGAACAAAAAAGGGGAUUUUCUUCUCACUGGUAGCUGUGACAAAACUGCGAUAGUAUGGGAUGUGAAAACUGAGGAAUGGAGACAACAGUUUGAAUUUCAUUCAGGUCCUAUACUUGAUGUUGACUGGCGCAAUAAUCUUUCUUUUGCUACAAGCUCCACAGACAAUAUGAUAUAUGUUUGUAAAGUUGGGGAUACCCGCCCAGUUAAAACUUUUGCUGGGCAUCAGGGUGAGGUUAAUUGUGUCAAGUGGGAUCCAACUGGUUCGUUGCUGGCGUCAUGCUCUGAUGAUAUCAGUGCAAAGAUAUGGAGUAUGAAGCAGGACAAGCAUGUUCAUGAUUUGAGGGAACAUUCUAAGGAGAUUUACACUAUCAGAUGGAGCCCCACUGGACCUGGUACAAACAAUCCUAACCAGCAAUUAGUGCUAGCAAGCGCAUCAUUUGACUCAACUGUCAAAUUAUGGGAUGUGGAACUAGGGAAACGUAUCUGCAGUUUGAAUGGACACAGGGAUCCUGUGUACUCUCUUGCAUUUAGCCCUAAUGGAGAGUACCUGGCUAGUGGCUCCCUUGAUAGAUGUAUCAACAUCUGGUCUUUGAAAGAAGUAAAGAUCGUAAAAACGUACACUGGCAAUGGUGGAAUAUUUGAGGUUUGUUGGAACAAGGAAGGUGACAAAAUUGCUGCUUGCUUUGCCAACAAUACAGUAUGUGUGUUAGACUUGAGAAUGUAAAUUCUUGGUAGGGCAUUUAUGAUCUAGCAUUGCUCUCAAAGAUUGCAGUAGCAAUCUGUAUAGCCGGUCAUCAGUUCACUAUCACCGUUUUUCUGAGGAAUAUGGAAGUCCCAUCGUUGGGUAUGUUUCUUUCGUAUUAUAUCUCUAGUGUAGUCGUAGGUGUUACUACUUUUGAAUAUUUCGUUUGAAGUAUUCAAUUUUUAGCUAGGGUAAUGCUAUUACCUUUGUAUGAUAUGGAUCAGUUACAAAAUUAUGUACAGAAUUAUUCUAAUUGGAUCCAUAGCUUGUCAUUUAUGCUGCAA